AUGGGGCAAGAGGCGCAUCCAGGACGCCCGGGAAACCUGACGCCCGACCAGGAAGAGAAGUUGCGCCAGUUAUGGGGUCACGUUCUCAAGCUGUGUGGUGUAACGGAUGAGAAUGUCAACGGCAUGACUGAGGCCGUUGCCGGUGGUGCGGCCGACGCCGCAUCCGCCGGUGACACAAACUCCCAAACCGGAUCAGAUCUGGCCACGCCCGGUGCAGGCAAGGCUGAGAAAGAGAAACCUAAGAAAAAACGCAUCUCUCUGUUCGGCAAGAAGCAUAAGGCUGCCGAGAAUGAGUCGCCCACGCAAGCCCAACCUUCACCUGGUUUGAUGACUCACAUCAAAGAGGGCGAUGGAGAGGACAAGUAUGGGCAGACACAGCAAUUCUUCGACGCCCUAGCCAACCAGACACCUCAGUCGCUGCGUGCCACCAUCUGGAGCAUGGUCAAGCAUGACCACCCAGAUGCUCUGCUGUUGCGCUUCCUCCGGGCUCGCAAGUGGGACGUCGACAAGGCUCUGGUUAUGAUGAUUUCUACCAUGAAUUGGAGGCUCACCGAAGUUCAUGUUGAUGACGACAUUAUGAAGAACGGCGAGGCUAGUGCCGUGGCAGACGAGCAAGGCGCCGACGGAGAUGCCAAAAAGCUCGGUGCUGAUUUCAUGGCUCAAAUUCGCAUGGGUAAGAGCUUCUUACAUGGCGUUGACAAGUCUGGACGUCCCAUUUGCGUUGUUCGUGUGCGACUUCAUAAGCAGGGAGAACAAUGCGAGGAGAGCCUCGAGCGGUACACUGUUUACCUUAUUGAGACAGCACGGAUGGUUCUGGCGCCGCCUGUUGACACAGCUACAAUCAUCUUCGAUAUGACCGGUUUCUCCAUGGCUAACAUGGACUACACCCCCGUUAAGUUUAUGAUCAAGUGUUUCGAGGCGAACUACCCCGAGUCGCUUGGAGCUGUCUUGGUCCAUAAGGCCCCAUGGGUGUUUCAGGGGAUCUGGAGGAUUAUCAAGGGGUGGCUCGACCCUGUCGUGGCAAGCAAGGUGCACUUCACCAACAACGUGAAGGAGAUGCAGGAGUUCAUCGAGCCGCAGCGCAUCCCUCGCGAAUUGGACGGCCAGGAAGAUUGGGAGUAUAAAUACACCGAGCCAAUCCCUGGUGAAAAUGACAGAAUGAAGGACACGGUGACCAGAGACAAGCUUCUGGAGGGGCGAGAGCAUCUCAUUCAAGACUGGGAGACAGCAACCAUGCGCUGGAUUGCCACGGGUGGGUCCGCAGAAGCGGCUGCGGUACAAGUCGAGAGGGAGAACCUCGCGCAGAAGCUCAGGGUGGAUUACUGGACCCUCGACCCGUACCUUCGAGCCCGCUCCUACUACGACAGAAUAGGUGUGCUACAGGAUGGUGGAAAGAUCGAUUUCUACCCAGCUGCUGCUCCUCCGUCUGGCCGCGUCGCUGUUGAGACCUCAGCCGACGAUUUAGACUAG